GGUCGAUGCGAUAGUGACGUCAGUUUGUAUCACGUAUCGAGUUUUAAUAGUUUUGUUUGAUGUUUAAUAGUGCUUUUGUAUCAUCAAUUUGUAUUUUGAAUGGUUUAAUAUUUGUGUGUGAAUUAGUUUGCAAUAAUGCAUCGAUCAUUUGCUAGCUCGAGCCUCGAUAUGACCACUUCUGCUUCUGGCGCCCGGAGAGAAUCCCGCCGGUCGGGCACAUCUACUUCCUCGCUUUCGGCAGCCGGCAGCAGUACUUCGUUUGUGGCCACACCUGCGCACACCGAGACGGCCAGCUCAUCGCCCCCCUGGUCGGUGGCGUGUGCCUGCCGGCGGAAAAAGUUCUCACAACCCGGGAAAGGAGGCAGUGGCCGCAGCCCGGAUAGUCGCCGUCAGCUGAUGACCAGCAUAAAUGAUAUCUUCAAGUGUACGAUUUGCUUUGGUGCGCUGAACGACCCCCACCUGUGCCCUCGCUGCUCCAAGAUGUACUGCUACGGUUGCAUCGACGAGUGGCUCGAGACCGGAGCUAGCCAGUGCUGCCCAAACUGCAAGCUCGGCCUGCGGAUGGACCAGCUGGUGAAGGUCCGCUGGUUCGAUGACAUCGAGAAGCUGCAGCGCAACCUGGACACUGGGGGUGACCGAGUUGAUUCGAACACUCGGCAGCCGGAGGAUCCCGAAGCCGAACAGGACCUUUGCACCCGUCAUGGCAAACCACUGAACUUUUUCUGCUCGUCGUGCAAUGAGUGCGUUUGCGAGGCGUGCGCCACGGAUGCAGACGACGGGCGGCACAGAGACCAUACGUUUAAGACGCUUCACGUGACGUACGAGCAUCAUGUGGCCGAAAUGAACGGUGAGCUAGAGAAGGUGGAGCAUUACCGGGAUAAGCUGGAGGCGCUGGUGGACAAGAUCGACCGGAACAUAGAGCUGAUCGGGCGCGUGAAGGAAGUCAAGAUGAACGAGCUGGAGGAGCUGAUGGAGGCCGCCAUUCACAGCCUCGCCCAACAGGAGAAGGACAAGAUGACGAAGCUGAAGGCGCACCGGGAUUUCAUCGUCGGCGAGAUGUACUUCAUCGAUAAUCAGGUGACGCGGCUGCGGUGCGAAAUGGCCACCCGUAGUCGGUCGCAGGUGAUCCAGAUGAAACCGAAGAUGGUCGACUCGUGCAAUACGAUUCGGUCGGUGCCGAUACGGGAUUUCAAGCACAUUCGCGUGCCGGCCAGCUUGAAAAUCGAACUACCGGUCAUCUACGAGACGGGCAUCUUCGUGGUGCAGAAUUUUUCCACGUUCGACGACAACAAGGUGGUCUACUCGAGCGAGUUUUCUGACUGCCUAGGACGUAGCUGGCGCAUCAUGGCGUGGUGUGUGAUAUCCGAGGAUCAUUUCGGCAUCUAUCUGGAGCUAAUGAAGGGUUUGCCCUGCUGGAUGGAAUGCACCUUCCAGCUCAUACACGACGACCCGGCGAAGACGAUCAGCAAGACAAUCCGGGAGUACUUCGAUCGCACCCCCCAGAAGGGCUGGGGUUUGCGGGACUUCGUCACGCUGAGCACCAUCGUGGACGACCACUACCUCCGGGAUAACGAUUCGCUCGAGCUGCUGUACCAUAUCCGGCCGUGCCAUGGCGGCGAUGUGUCACAUGCCUCCGAAGGAGAUCUGUCACUGAUCAGCGAGGACUAAGCUAUGAGGGAAGAUUGUAAGGCCCGGCUAAGAGCCGAUUGGUCAAUUUUACACUUUGUUGACUGCUUGGGGACAGUUUUUAAGAGGAGUAAUAAUGAUAAGAGUAGCGGAAUAGAUAGAAUGUUUGAAACAUGGUUUAGAAUAAAUAUUUCACAUGCUUCGAAAGCGGAAAA